AACUGUAUAGCUGGCGGCUAGACCCCAAGUGGACCCUGGUUUAGUGUGAUCAAACGCUCUGCUAGACGAACAACCGCGUCUACGCCUACUUUGAGAUUAGAAUCUUCAUUUUAGAUUGAGACUCGCGUUACUUUGAAUCGUAUUUUGCCGGCUUUCCCCCCCCAGUUUUUCAUCCUUAUUUUACUUAUUAUUGCAAGAAAGUGCGACGGAUAAUGAUGAUGUAUAAUAUGGAUUGAUAGGUUUUAAGACUUUACUCGUGAAUGGAUUUCGAUAGAGAAAUAAUUAAGGAAAACCAGUGCAAACCAUCAUCACGAAGCCCACGUGGAGAGACAAAUAUUGGUAAUAUACAAACGUAAAAACCAGGAAAAAACUUAAAGAGAAGACUUCAGGUCGAUGAUCCCAAAUAACCGAUCAGGAUGUGGCGUUCCAAAGCAGUUGCAGAUCGACUUAAUCUUGGAACUAAAGAUGAAAUGGCAAUAACUGGUUACAAGCCCAAUAAGGGGAAGUUAGCUCUCACGGUGAUCCUAACCAUUCUCUCUGGCGGCUUGAUGCUCAUCCCCUUGACGUGGCGCCCUUCCAUCAAGCUCGCCCUGACGCACAAAAGAUGCCCUUUGAAGGAAGCGAAGAAACUUCUUCUCAAGGAUAUAUAUCACCAGCUGUGGGAGGAAGACGUGACCGAGGAGGACGUUCCCAACAAAGAAACGAAGCGAUACGUGAGGAGGACCUAUUUUAUCAACAAGAAAAUCAAAUACACCUGGGAUGACAUCACCUGCUCGUAUAAUCGACUAAGGCCCUUGGAACAUUGCUCCACCUUCAGCACCUUCCACCAGAUGGAGUCGGGUUUGACUGGAGAUGACGUCUGUGCUCGAAAAGCCCUGUAUGGAGAAAAUUUCAUGAAGAUCGAGAUCCUCUCUAUCUGGCAGCUCCUUGUUGAGCAAGCUGUGAACCCUUUCUACAUCUUCCAAGUGUUUACUGUAAUCCUGUGGUGUAUUCAAGAGUACUUCGCCUUUUCUGGUUGUAUUCUGCAUCUCUCUGCCAUCUCCAUCACUGUGAUGGUCUGGCAGACAAGGAAGCAAAGUCGUGCACUGAGAAAAAGAAUUACGACAGAGUCGAACGUUAUGGUCUUGAGGGAUGGGCAGCGUAACAAAAUAUCAUCGAGAGAGGUGGUUCCUGGGGACAUUCUCCUCCUGAAGGACGACAGUCUUGGUGUCAUGGAGGCAGAUGCAGUCUUGCUUGAGGGAUCUGUGAUAACUAAUGAGGCCAUGUUGACUGGGGAAUCUAUACCCAUAACAAAGGUUUCCAUACCACCCAGUAGUGAUGCAAUGUUCAGUGAGGAAGAGCACAAACAUCACAUACUGUAUAGUGGCACUGAAGUUUUGCAGAUACGUGGAGGAAAAGAACUCAAGGCUCUGGUCAUUAAAACAGGUUUCUACACAGUCAGAGGGGAGUUAGUGAGAUCCAUUCUCUUCCCCAAGCCAGUUGACAUGCAUUUCUAUGCUGACUUCCUGAAGAUGCUCUGUAUCUUUAUAAUGCUUGGAUUAGCAGCCAUGACCUGGAGCUUUCAUCACUUCUACACAUUAGGGGCCAGUUGGUCACACAUCUUUCUCAACUCACUGGACCUGAUCACUUUUGUUGUGCCGCAUGUUUUACCUGCAGCAAUUACAGCCGUAAAUGCCAGUUCCCAGGGACGCUUGAGAAAGGAUGGGAUCUUUUGUCUCUCGUCCAAUUACAUCUCUCUUUCUGGAUCUGUAGAUGUUGUCUGUUUUGACAAGACUGGCACUCUGACAGAAAGUGACCUUGCACUGGCUGGUGUGGUGCCUUGUCACAGGGGUGAACUCCAGCAGCCCCAGUGUGACAUCAGUAAGCUCCGUUCUGAUCUGCCACUUGCCACAUCUCUGGCAACAUGUCAUUCCUUGACCAACAUAGAUGGCAAGCUGGUUGGGUACCCCCUCGAUGUGAAAAUCUUCACCGGUAUUGGAUGGACGAUGAUUGAACCUGAACCAGUGAUAAAUCAAGACUACGGUAUGGUAACACCAGUGCUGGUACGGCCGAAAGCAGAUGACGGGGAUCCUGAGCAACUGGAAGUAGCAAUAGUGAAAACCUUUCCAUUCAAGUCUAAGGAACAAAGGAUGACUGUUGUCACUAAAAGGAAGUUUGCCAAUAACUUUGAUGUCUACAUCAAGGGAGCUCCAGAAAUGAUUGCUCUACUGUGCAAUGAUGUUACAGUUCCAGGCAUCUUGGAUUCAACCUUAGAAUGGUACACAAGACAAGGUCUGCGAGUUGUUGCUGUGGCUCAUGCUGCAUUGCCUGCAUCUUUAACUUGGGAACAGAUAGAGACAAGUCCCAGAGAGAAAUUGGAAGAUGGUGCGGAGUUUUUGGGUCUGGUCAUCCUCCAGAACAAAGUGAAGAAGGAGACACCUUCUGUUAUAGCGACUCUUCAUCAGGCUGAUAUCCGAACUGUCAUGAUAACAGGGGACAACUUGCUGACAGCAGUCAGUGUUGCUCGACAGAGUGGCUUGCUGAAGACAGAUCAGCAGCUCAUAGUAGCUAAAGCUCAGAUGGUGUCGACCUCAACCAUUGCAGCUCAAUAUUUGCAGGUUAACUACUAUGAUGUGGAACAUAUUGAUGUUCUUUAUGACAAUAGAAAACUUAUGUCAGUAAGAAGUGACAAUUAUGUCCUUGCUGUGGAUGGCCAAACCUUUGAAUUAAUUUUUCGAGGACAGGAUGAAGAGCUUUAUCAACGACUGAUUGAAAGAGGAAAGAUUUUUGCCAGAAUGAAGCCAGACCAAAAAAUCUCCAUAGUUGAAGCCCUUCAAGACCUUGGUCACCAGGUUGCCAUGUGCGGUGAUGGAUGUAAUGAUUGUGGUGCUUUGAAAGUAGCUCACACUGGGAUAUCUCUGUCAUCAUCAGAAGCCUCUGUAGCAGCUCCCUUCACCUCUAAAUUGGAAGAUAUCAGUAGUGUCAUUACAGUAAUCCGAGAGGGAAGAGCAGCCCUUGUUUCCAUUUUUACUGCUUUCAAGUAUGAUGUUAGCAUGUGCUUUGGUGCUCUCCUUUGUGUCCUCUUUCAAUUUAAGGUUGAUACCAUGCCAUCAGACACACAGUAUUUGGUCAUGGACUUGGUACUUGCCACCAUACCUGCUCUUGUAAUUGGGAAUACUGGAGCUCCUUCUAUACUAGUUCCCAGAAGACCCACUCAAAGAAUUCUCAGCAUCCUUCCUGCUCUCUCUAUGUUGUCAUUCUUGGGAAUACAGAUUCUCACUUAUUGGACUGUGAUGACUUACAUUGAAAGUCAACCGUGGUAUGAGCGAUUCUUCAACACAGGAGACAUCUAUCCACCAAAACCCAACCAUGAGAACACAGCCCUCACACUGGUUAACUUCCAUUCCUACAAUGUUGGAGUACUUGUCUACUCCCAUGCCCAGCCAUAUAGGAAAUACAUAUAUACCAACUAUAUGCUGUUUGGAUACCUCAUCUGGUCAGUUGUUUUCUGCCUUUUUGUCAAUUUUUAUACUGGACAAUGGAUGUUGGACCUGUUGAAUUUCUAUCCUUUCCCUGAUUUAAAAACUCCUGCAAUGAUAUUCUUCAUUGUCUCAAUCAGUUUCCUCAUUUCUUUUAUUUGGGAGAGGUGGGUUCUUUAUGGUGUGUUUGACAAUUACAUUCUUCCAUGGUUACACAAAACGUGCGGACCUCACGCUCCCUAUGUUAAACUUGAAAAGAAGCUGCUGAAUGAGGAAUGGCCACCUCUUUCUGAUCCUGUUCUAUUAGAAGCCCCUAUUACUAUUAAUGCUGGUCCACCCUUAAAGGCAAUGGAAAGCCUCAACACAUAUGAUGAUGAUCCAAAUAGUGAGUCAAUGCUGAUAAGGAAGCUGACACGGCGACAUAGAUUCAAGGCUUCUGUGAAGUAUAUUAAGGAAAAUGAGUCUCCUAUUAGCGCUACUGCUCCUCUGGAUGUAUCAGGGCCUCAUAGUCCUGUCAGCUCAUAUCCCAGCCCACCCCCAGAAAGUGCUAGUUACCAAGUUCCUUGGGAACUCCAAGAAAAUGAUGGCAGUGCUUUCAAGUUCAACAGGAGUAUACGCCAGCAGAUAAUGAAAGGCACAGAUGGAGUAUUCAGUACAUUUAGAGGAGGGGCCACAAAGAGGCAAACCUCCCACGAUACAAACACAGCUGAGCCAUAUGAAGUUAUACGGUUGUCGGAUAACGCCACACCUUUAGUCGAUGAUGAUGAAAUUUAUUCAACUAUUCCAGACCCUCCACCCAGCUAUGUUGAGGAUAUAGAGAAAGAUGAAGGAAGGAAUCCAAACAGUGCAACUCUGGAACAAGGAAGCAUGCCUAUAUAUGAAGAGGAUGAAGGAAAUCCUAAAACUUACAGUGCACCAGUAAGCUUCCCAGAGGAACCUCACAUGGAACAGCAAUUUAUUUAUGACGUGCCACAGCAACCCCCAAAACCUCUAGAGGAUAGAGCAGAAAUGCGCAACCUGAUGUCACAGUUAAGUUACAUUGAUGAUGAACAAAGUGGAAGUCAUUGAUGGCAUAUUUGUAGUUAGAUCCACUGUUAUUGCAGUUGUUAUUAAAUUUUUCAUUUUAUAGAA